AUGGAGGAAACCUACCUGCUGAACGUGGAAGGGGUUAAAAAGAAGAUUCUGCAUGGAGGCCAAGGGGAGCUGCCAAAGUUGCAGGAUGGGAGCAAGAUCACCUUCCACUUCCAGACGCUGAAGGAUGACUUUGAGCGGACAGUGAUCGAUGACAGCCGGGAAGCUGGCAUCCCCAUGGAGAUCAUCGUGGGCAAGAUGUUCAAGCUGGAGAUCUGGGAGACACUGCUCAGCUCCAUGAGAGCUGGGGAGGUGGCCGAGUUCUGGUGCGACACCAUUCACACAGGCAUGUACGCCCUGGUCUCCAGGGGCAUGCGGAGGAUCGCAGAGGGCCGGGACCCCCUGGAAGGGCAGAAGCACCGCUGUGGCAUGGGCAACAUGUUUGACUACCACAGCACGGGCUAUGACGACCUGGACGAGCUGCAGAGGACGCCACAGCCCCUCAUCUUCAUCAUGGAGCUGUUCCGGGUGGAGGAGCCCUCAGCAUACAAGCGUGACACCUGGGCCAUGAGCAAGGAGGAGAAGCUGGCGGCAGUGCCCGUGCUGCACAGUGAGGGCAACCGCCUCGUCCUCCGCAAGGAGUUUGGGCAGGCAGCAGCGAAGUACCAGGAAGCUGUCAUCUGCCUGAGGAACCUCCAGGCCAAGGAGAAACCAUGGGAGGAUGGCUGGCUGAAGCUGGAAAGCCUGGUUACACCGCUGGUGCUCAACUACUGCCAGUGCCAACUGGAGCUGGGCGAGUACUACGAGGUGCUGGAGCACAUGACGGAGCUCCUCCAGAAACACAACGACAAUGCCAAGGCCUAUUUCAAGCGGGCAAAGGCACACGCUGCUGUCUGGAAUGAGCGGGAGGCGCGGGAGGACUUCCUGCGGGUGGCUCACCUCGACCCCUCCAUGGCGGCCGCCGUGAAGAAGGAGCUGAAGCAGCUGGGGGAGAGGAUGAGGAAGAAGCAUGUGGAGGAUCGGAAGCGCUACCAGGGGCUCUUCCAGCUGCCCCCGCGGGCCAGUGAGGGGCAGGAGAGCGGGGAGGUGGGCGACAGAGCAGAGAUGGUGUGA